AUCGUUCCUUUAUCAGCCUGAAGAACAGUGGCCACAAAAACAAAAGCCACUUGUCACCAGUACCGAGCUCCUCAGUUCUCACAACUCACACCAAAUUGCCCCCGAUCCACUGUUUGAAACUGAACGCUUCCACAAAUGGGAGCGAUUGCUAAGAGCACAGGCGUACGUAUGCAGAUUCAUCAACAAUGUUCUUUGUCGCAGGAACGGAAAACCAACGGAAACAGGAAUCCUCAGCCGAGACGAGCUGAUCCGAGCCGAACGAGAAUUGUGGAAGCAAGUUCAAGCUGAAGCAUACGCCCAGGAACGACGAAUACUGCUUGACACUCAGGGUACUCCUGACUCACGCCACAACUUAGUACCGAAAUCGAGUCCCAUUUACAAGUUGUGGCCAUACAUGGACUUAGACGGCGUAAUCAGGAUGCGAGGAAGAAUAGGUGCCUCAUGGUAUGCAACUCAUGAUGCCAAGAAUCCGAUCAUAUUACCGAAAUCUCAUCAAAUAACCUUGCUUCUGGUGGAUUCGUAUCACCGUCGGUAUCAUCAUGCCAACCAGGAAACGGUGGUGAAUGAACUGCGGCAGCGCUUCGAAAUAUCCAACUUGCGAACUGUCAUUAAACAGACAGCCCGAAGAUGUAUCAAAUGCCGCAUUGCACACGCAGUUCCUCGGACUCCACCAAUGGCUCCGCUCCCAGAACAACGUGUCACACCUUUUGUAAAGCCUUUUACAUUUGUCGGUCUGGAUUAUUUCGGACCCUUAACGGUAAAGGUCGGCCGCUCUGAAGUUAAACGAUGGGUGGCACUCUUUACGUGCCUUACCGUUCGUGCCGUACACCUUGAAGUAGUGCAUAGUUUAUCCAGCGAGUCAUGUAUUCUAGCCAUUCGUCGAUUUAUCGCCCGACGCGGAGCACCAUCUGAGUUCUUUAGCGAUAAUGGGACUAAUUUUGUAGGGGCGAACUCACAGUUGCAACAGGAAAUUGUGGCUAGGAACACUGAAUUAGCCAUUACCUUUACCAACACCAAUACACGUUGGAACUUUAACCCACCGGGCGCUCCACACAUGGGUGGAGCGUGGGAGCGCUUGGUGCGCUCAGUAAAAAAUGCCAUUGGUACCAUCAUCGACGCUCCUCGUCGACCUACUGACGAAGUUCUCGAAACGGUCUUACUAGAUGCCGAAGCAAUGAUAAAUUCACGGCCUCUAACUUAUAUUCCACUGGAGACCGCCGACGAAGAAUCAUUGACACCGAAUCACUUUUUGUUGGGUAGUUCUUCCGGUGCAAAGCAACCACGCUCGGAGAUCAAAAGCGAUCGUGUCAGUCUGCGGGGUUACUGGAAUCUGUCUCAACACUUGACAGAUCUUAUAUGGAAAAGAUGGAUCAAAGAGUAUCUGCCAGUAAUCACUCGACGAUGCCGGUGGUUCGAAGAAGUUCGUGAUGUCCAAGAAGGCGAUUUAGUGCUGAUAGUUGGUGCAGAGGCGCGGAAUCACUAUGUGCGAGGACGAAUAGAAAAGGUAUUUCCGGGACGAGACGGGCGCAUACGCCAAGCUCUGGUGCGCACAGCUAACGGAAUCUACAAGAGACCGGUCGUGAAACUCGCGUUGCUUGACGUCGCAUCACAUGGUAAACCUGGUCCAACCUCGUUGGAGCCACCAUCGGCACACCAGCCUUUACGGGUGGGGGGAUGUUGCGACGCACAUCAAGCCCCUCGUCCGACCAGAUCGCCGUAGUUACAACAGGGCAUCUACAUCGUUUAGGUAGUAGUGAGUGACGACAAACACAGGUGUAUGAAAAACGUCAAACGCGAUGAGUCGUAAAUUUCAUGUUCUCGGCCAGAAGUUUAUUAUCAAAGUUUAAAGAAAUUCGAUAGUUAAAUAAUUAAUUUCUAACUUGAAUUACAAUCUCAUAGGGUAAGCAAUAUUCGCCGCAUUGAAUUAGAGGUCAGAAUAACAAUUUAUCUUAUUAGGAUUUGCCACAGUGAAUUGUACCCUCGGCAGCGUUAUCAUUACCACCUGAUUUGACACUUGCUUCCCCUCAGGUAUCGAUAUUAGCAAAAACCCGUAAGUGAACUAGUUAUUUCUAAUUGGAAGCUUAUUACCCAUUGAUUACUUUCCCUUUAGAUUUGAAUCGUCACACUCCGCAAUUGUUAGCUAUAACUCAGUCAGGUCACGGUAGAACACUAAAACUCUUAAAGCGACAAACCACCCACAACCCGUGUUUCGCUAAAAAGACUUGGUGUUUCUACGAACACACGCUAAUAGGGUAGCGAGCCACUUGGGCAGUGGCCGGUAUUUUGGGCACUCUUCGCUAUAACUCAGUCAAUUCCAAACCAAUUGACUUGAAAUUUUGUACACGGCCAAAUACUUUACGUAUCUCACCGCAUUCCAAAAAUUGUGUCAAUUGGUUUAAAAUUGGCUGAGUUAUAGCAGAAAAGUGCCCAAAAUAGGACCCCUGCCGAGAUGGUUCCAUUUCCCUAUU